UGACAGCAAAUACCGUUUCAAAACGGAAGACGGUCUAACGUCAAACGCUAGAACAACAUUGAGCUAUGCUCUUUGACACCGGAAGUUGAUAUCUUUAGUUGCAGCAUGGCAGCCACGGGUAGUGGUUUAGAAGCUGGUAGCAUUCCGGAGGAAUAUGAAAUGAAGGCAGAGUCAGUGGCAUCUGCUGAUGAUCAGCUACAAAAUGAAGAGAGAACGGCUGUAUGUCUUAUUGUGCUGGGUAUGGCGGGUUCAGGCAAAACUACGUUUGUACAGAGACUUACAGCUCACCUUUACAAUAAGAAAAUCCCUCCUUAUGUGAUAAACCUGGAUCCUGCUGUUCUCAAUGUACCAUUUCCAGCUAAUAUUGAUAUUCGUGACACAGUCAACUACAAAGAAGUGAUGAAACAAUAUGGCCUUGGACCUAAUGGUGGUAUUGUGACUUCUCUUAAUUUAUUUGCUACAAGAUUUGAUCAGGUUAUGAAAUUCAUCGAAAAGAGACAGUCAAAUUGUCGGUAUGUGCUGAUUGACACACCAGGGCAGAUUGAGGUUUUCACUUGGUCAGCAUCUGGAACUAUCAUCACAGAGGCCCUGGCUUCGUCUUUCCCUACAGUGGUGGUAUAUGUGAUGGAUACAUCUCGUAGCACUAACCCUGUCACUUUUAUGUCAAACAUGCUGUAUGCCUGUAGCAUUCUGUAUAAAACCAAGCUUCCUUUCAUUGUGGUAAUGAAUAAGACUGACAUUAUUGAUCACAGCUUUGCAGUGGAAUGGAUGCAAGAUUUUGAGGCUUUCCAGGAUGCUCUUAAUCAAGAAACAACAUACGUCAGCAACUUAACCCGCUCUAUGAGUCUGGUGUUGGAUGAAUUCUACAGCAACUUGCGGGUGGUAGGGGUAUCUGCUGUAACUGGAGCUGGUAUGACAGAAUUCUUUCAGCAAGUUGAAGAUGCAGCCAAGGAGUAUGAAACAGAUUAUCGUCCUGAAUAUGAGCGUCUCCGAAAAGAAAUGGAAAAAGCUCGGAGUCAGAAACAGGAAGAGCAGCUUAAACGGUUGCAUAAAGACUUGGGUCCUAUUGCUGUGAGCACAUCUCAUCCUGCAGACCUUGAUGAUGAACAUCCUGGUCCCUCUGACCUGAUCCUUAAUCGAGGGAAUUUUGACGAAGAAGAUGAGGAAAUAGACAGUGACACCGAUGAUAUUGACCAUACAUUAGUGGAACAGAGUAAGGAGGAACCUGCCUUCCGUCAUUUUCUAGAAGAGAAAAAGGACAUGUAUCGAGUAAAAAGCCGAAAAGAACAGUAGCUAACACUUCAGAGAGAGACAUUUUGAUGCUGUGAAAUGUCUGCAAAAUGUAUUUCAGCUGGUGCCUGCAUUUUAACUAUAACAUGUUUUCCUAAGCUCCAUCAGUACUUGUAUGGAAGCUGUAAUAAAGUACAUUUCUGUUUAAGAUGACCUGAAAUCCAUUGCAGUUUCAAAGACCUUAACUAAGUAUACAUAACCACAUUAGUCCAUUUGGAAAAGCCUGAGGAAUAGAACAUAAAAACAUUUAUAAGCCCCUGUGUUGAAGGGGUUGGAUAAUAUUUGAAGUAUUUUUUUAAAUAAAUUAUUUGUAAAUCUUU